GCUCCAAGCUAGCGGCUUGCCGAGCUGUUAACAACGCUGCGGUAGUGGUUGUGCGACCUCGCUCACCAGACAGGCGCAACCCCCCCUUGUUCAUCGGGGCCCAGCCGCCCCGGACGUCUUCACUCUGUUCGGUGUUUUGAGGACCGAAUCUCCUUGUUUCCCUUUUUACACUCGGUUUAUUCUAUCCCGGCCAUGGCGCCGCAGACGAGCACACGCGGCAAGGUCGUCUCCGUCCAUUGGCUGGGGGGGACCAAGUCAGUCAACUUUGGCACAACGUUCGGUCUGCCGUGGCCGAGAGGGUGCUUUCUGCCAGCUCGCACAUGCUUCGUCUGCCGGGACGAUGAGGGCCGUGCUAUACCGCUGCAGUCCUGGGUGACUGCGUUCUGGCCGGAUGACUCCAUCAAGUGGACUGCUCAUGCAAUACCCCCAGUCGACACCGUGUCCGACGCCUAUCACGUCCGAGCUGAGUCCAACGACCAAUACCAAACACCGCAGAUACCUAACCCGGAGCGUUCAGGACACGAUGUCUCUACAUCGCUCGUUCGUUCUUCCAACGACCUUGUCACAGUGGAUACCGGCAAGAUCAUCGUCACCUUCCCCACGUCAGGUACACACGUCCUGGAAAAGAUCGUUGCACAGAACGGCUCAAUUCUUGGCACUGGCGGUCACCUCGUGCUGCUGUCUCAGCCCACGGCAGCAGGUGAGGAUAGCUUAGGAGGACCUCCCUGGCAAAGUUUCUCAAGCCGGAUCGACGAGACCAUCGUCGAACAAGAGGGCCCGGUCCGCGUCGUUGUCGCGGUACGAGGCAAGCACCAAGCAGAGGGAGAAGAAACAGAAUCAUGGAUUCCCUUCUUACUUCGCUUCUACCUCUACGCGGGUUCCGAAACCAUCCGGAUCGUUCACACCUUUGUUUACGACGGCGAUCCGCAGGCGUCAUUCCUCCGUGGGAUUGGCAUUCGGUUUGAAGUCCCGCUGCAUGGCACCGAACUCUACAAUCGGCAUGUGCGCAUAGCCGGCGUCGACGGGGGUGUGUUUGCAGAGGCCGUCCAGGGGAUCACAGGGUUGUGGCGGGAUCCUGGAGCCAACGUACGGCACUUGCAGAGGGAAGGCAAGCCGACCCCGCUUAUCGAUGGUUGGGAGCCCGAGUUCUCGCGACUGCUCAAAUGGGUUCCCUCCUGGAGUGACUACUCCUUGACCCAGCUCUCUCCGGACGGAUUCAUGCUCAAGAAGAGGACAAAACCUGGACACAGCUGGGUGGACAUCCCCGGCGGCACCAAGGCAGGGGGACUUGCGUACCUCGGAUCCGCCCACACGGGCGGUUUGGCCGUCGGCCUCCGGCAUUUCUGGGAGAGGUAUCCUACCUCGCUGGACAUCCGAGAUGCUACGGCGGAUGUCGGGAACAUCACCGUCUGGCUGUACAGCCCCGCUGCCGAGCCCAUGGACCUCCGGCCAUACCACGACGGUCUUGGGCAGAAGACGUACGAUGACCAGCUCGACGCCUUGAAAAUCACGUAUGAGGACUGGGAGGACGGCUUGGGCUCGCCAUAUGGGAUCGCUCGGACGAACGAGGUCUUUGUCUUCGGUCUGGACCGGACGCCCUCCUCCUCCAGGGUAUCUCAGCUCGCGAAUUACAUGCGGAACCCACCGCUGCUCGUGGCGGCCCCGGAGUACAUCCACGAAACUGCUGCACUGGGACAAUACUGGGCCCCAUUGCCGCGAGACCGCUCCGUGAUCUCAAAGAACGACAUCCCGGCUCGUCUGGAAUUCCUCUUCCAGUUCUACCAGCAACAAGUCGCGCAGCGCCGCUGGUACGGAUUCUGGGACCACGGCGACGUGAUGCACACGUACGACGCCGACCGCCACACCUGGCGCUACGACGUGGGCGGCUACGCCUGGGACAACUCGGAGCUCUCGCCGGACCUCUGGCUGUGGCUGUACUUCCUCAGCACCGGGCGCGAGGACGUCUUCCGGCUGGCCGAGGCGCUGACCAGGCACACCGGCGAGGUGGACGUCUACCACCUCGGCCCGCUCAGGGGGCUGGGCACACGCCACGGGGUGCAGCACUGGAGCGACAGCUGCAAGCAGGCCCGCGUCUCGAACGCGCUGUACCGCCGGAUAUUCUACUUCAUCACCGGCGGGGACGAGCGGACGGGCGAGCUGCUGGAGGAGACCCUCGAGGCUGAGCGGGCGUUCCUGGUGCUGGAUCCGUACCGCAAGGUCCGCGCAGACCGCGGGACGUACCGUCCUGAUCCCGAGGCCGUCUCCAUUUCCCUGGGCACUGACUGGUCCGCCCUUGCCUCGUCCUGGUUCAUCGAAUGGGAGAGACGGGGAAGGCAGUCAUCCCAAGCGAGAGAGAAGCUUGUCCAGAGCAUGACGGGCAUCGCACGUCUCAAGAACGGCUUCGUCACCGGGCUUGCCCUGUACAACACGCGCACCGGGCAGAUCUCACCACCGUCCAACGACCCGCACAACGCAGGCAUCGUCAAAGUAUCGCACCUCUCCGCCAUGUUCGGCCUGGUGGAGAUCUGCGCCGAGCUCAUCCACUCGUUCGCAGACGAGCUGCCGGCCGGGUUCAGAGACGCGUGGCUGGACUACUGCCGGUAUUUCAACGCCCCGGCGGAGGAGCAGACUCAGCGAUACGGCGCCAGCUUCGGCAAGCUGCAGCUCCGCCAGGGCCACUCGCGGCUCACCGCGUACGCGGCGGCCGUGCUGUCCGACAGCGCGCUCGCUAGGCGUGCCUGGCAGGAGUUCUUCGAGGCCGGCGACGACGGAUACGGGGCUUCGGCAGAGUGGGACACGCGGCUGGUGCCGGUGGAUCAGGCGCUGACGCGCGUGGAGGCGCCGUGGGUGUCGACGAAUAUUACGGCGUUGUACGGCCUGGCGGCGAUUCAGAAUCUCGCCCUGUUGAAAGACGCGAAGUGAGGUUGUGGGAUUUGUUUGUGUUAUGCGCAAGUACAAGUACAAAAGCAAAUAAAGCAGCCCAAUAUCCGCCUUCUUCUU